AUGAGUGGUAACAACAAGAGUAUCAAUCCCAAUACCAAGGCUCAUGACAAGAUUCAACAGAACAAUACAAACAUCAAAGUUCAACAUUACAAUACUCAAAACAUGACAGUGGACAGUCAAAAUAGCUACCAGCAAAACACCAACAGGGAACCAACCAACAAUCAGGAUGACAAACAAACUCAAGUCAUGAAACACAAUCACCCAAUUGAUCCAGGAGAAGCCCAAAACAAUUAUCUCAAGCUCAUUAGUGGCACUAGUCUUGAGGAAGAUCAAGAUAAUAGUGAUGUCUAUGUUAGCAAACAAGAUUUACACUCUGAAUCAUCCUUUGAGGAUGAGGAAGGUGAUGUAGAUGGCAGUUCUGAUGAUCGAGAUUAUGAAUUGGAAAUGAGCUCUGAAGUCAGUGAUGAAUAUGCCAGUGUUGACAGCGAAAGUCUCCAUGAUAAUGAAAACGCAUCCAGUGAUGAGCAUGCCAAUAUUUUAGUGGAAUCUUUUUGCUCCCAAACACUGGUGGAUGUGGAUAUUACAGACUUUGACAACGUAAUUGACAAAAUUCACCUAUCUCCCAGAGGUAGAGGUAGAGGUAGAGGUAGAGGCAGAAACAACAACAGAGGUGGUAGACAAAGCACAAGAGGAAGAGGUGGCAGGGGCACCUAUCAAAUACCUGUGGAUAAUACACAGGAAAUGAAUUUAUCCAAUUAG